UCCACAGUCAAUUCCUUGUUAUCAAGUUAUAAUUAAAUUAGAGUAUAAAUCACGUCUUCUGCAGGCCAGUUUCAUUAUAAUGUGGAUUUGUUUCGUUUUCCAACUUACUGAUCCAGUUUAUAAAAAUUGAAAUAGUUAAAAAUUUGGGCUGCACGCUGUGCUGUGCUGCCCAAAUUUAUGCUUGUCUGCAUUCCACCACUGCCACUGAGGGGAAACAUGCCCACGCCACACAAGGACAAAGCCGUGUUACUUACUGACUGCUCACCCCCUCGUUCCUUGUGCGCCCCAGAACGGCUUUAUGCGCUAAAAUCUUAACACUGGGCUCAUUUACAAUUUCGAUGGACCACUCAGGGACCGUAGGGUUAAAUAACUCAACCGUAGCCACCAGCUUUACGCAUGACUUCCCCGUGCGUGCCGCCUUUAUACCGGUGUCCUGCUCAUGAUCGCUUUGACGCAUGGAAUACCAAAAUCACAGCUAAUACAGAGGCAGAGCUCGGAUCAAUUUGUGCUUUCUGUAUUUUUCUCAUCAAAUAGGCAUUUUGCGCUUAAAAUGGCAAGCGCGUGCGCUCCGGUUGGGUUGGCUUGGAGACAGAGGUGCUUAACCUCCCUCCUGCCAGUUCUGCAUGGUCAUGACCUGUCAUCACGCCCCUUCCACAGCCCACCUCAUCCUAUUGGUCCUGCUCAUUGUCACUCCACAGCUGGCUGGCACCGCCCCUGCGUGGGGUGAGGGAAGGGAGGGAGGGGUGGAGGGGCGCACCCGGACAGACCUUAAAGAGGACAACCUCGCCCCCUUUCUCUCGCCCCCACCCCAGAGUCUCUCCAGCCCUGACAACUCGUCGCAAGACCGGGGCCGGGGCCCGGGUCAAGAUAACCAGUCAGAUAAAGUGACGGACCCUGCGCAGGUGCUCGCUGUUCUUUUAGAGGCCCUGGACCACCCGGGGGAGAGUGAAAUCCAGGCGAGCAGGGACAGAGACUUGGAAGAGGAUCAGAGUCACGAGCUGCCCUCCAUUGAAGGCUUGGAGGGUGGUGAGAUAAGGAGAACGGGGGAGACAGAGGGAGAGAGGGGGGUGGAGGAGGAGAGGGAGGGGCCAGGGGCUGAUAAGGCUAUUGAACAGCUAAUUGUAGGCCAUUUGACAGCUGCUCAGGGUGAUGACUUAAAGGAAAGGGAUGAGGAGGAUAAAAACACAAGGUCAGAGGAGGAUCAAGGGUGGUCCGUGGAGGAUGUGGGCACUGAUAGUGUAAAUGAGGAGGAAGGGACAGAAGAAGAUGAGAGGCAGGAGGAGGGGAAUGAUUUAGAAAGUUUCUUAUACAAGGCCAGAGCAGGUUCCACCUCACAGGGAGAUGAUCCCUCUCUGCAGCGCAAAAUAAGAGGCUACUUCCAAAACAUUGACUUGGGUCUCCAAGAUAAUGAGAUCCUGCCUCCUCUGAAGGGCUACAAGGCAUACAACACUCAGCUGGCACGAGCCGGGAAGAAGCUGCACUGGGAGGAGAACCAGUCCCGCAACCGACCCGUCAAGGGGGGCAACUUCAUGGAUGACUUUGAGGAUGAAGGAGAGGAGCUGGAGGAGGAGGUGGAAGAAGAAGAGGAGAGCCUCUCCCACAUGGAAGAGGAGGCAAGAGCGCGCGCAGAAAAACAGGAGGUGCUCCGGCAGCAGGAGGAGGCGGAGCGAGCCAGGGAGGAGGAGCAGAGGCUGGCAGACAUCGCCUCUGACAUGCUGCUGCAGUACAUGGGGAGGAAGCAGCAGUCCUACAUGAAGCCCCGGCAGAAAAGCAGCAUGGGGGCCGCCAGCAACACGGCUGAGGACAAGCGCUCAGAGGAGGUCAUCCCUGAUGAAGAUGACCUGGACCAGCAAAUGAUCGACAGGCUGAUUGAGAUCAGCAGCAAGCUGCACCUGCCUGCUGACGAUGUGAUUGAGAUUAUUAGUGACGUGGAGGAGAAGAAGAAAAAAAGGAAAGAGCUGCAACAGCUGCCGACCAACAGCAACCCUGUCGCCCCGCGCUUCAGGCCUCUGGUACCUCCGCCUCUGGCUGCUCCGCCUAUCUACCACUACACAGCCUCAAAAAACCCCAAAAAAGCCCCUUAUAGGUACAACAAGUCCAACAAAAAGUGGCACAAGGACAAAGUCAAGUCAUACAAGCAGGACUAUUGGUAUAAGCCUCAGAAGCAGCUUGACUACUGGUACAAACCCCAGAAACAGUUUUUAGCCUUCCCCUCCUAUCCAUACUACCAGAAGCCAUAUCGGGCAUACUACCCUGUUUAUUUCCCGUAUCCUAAACCACAAUAUUAUGGCAAGCCCUCCCCCUCCAGAGACCAGCCAUUCGGCCCCCAGGAACUUGACCUCCAGGCCCCAAGGCGCAGGCACAGGGCUGGGGGUAAGAAUCGCGGACAGGGCUGGAGGCAGCAGCCAGCGCCGCGCCUGCCUCUCACCCCUUAUAUCUCUAACUAUAUCCUCCCUCACCCACGGACCUACCAACCCCUACCUCCGCCCAAACCAAUAACCACGCCCAGGAGAGGCAGGCGACCCCCGUACUACUAUCAACAAGUCACGCCAGGAGAUGACUAUGAGGAAGAUGGGCUGGUGCCUCAGCUGGACAGUGAGGAGGAGCUGGAAAACUUUAUUGAGAGGAUCUACAUGAAACGCAGAAUGUAUUGAGAGACUUUUUGGACAUUUUGUCAGAUCAGAGGGACUGACAGAGGUGGGAUAGAAUUUACAGUAGCUGGAGAAAAGAGGGGUGAAAAAAAAGACUCGGAGGAGAUAUGUGAUUUGAGCCUGAUGGGAAAUUUAAGGGUCAAGAAGUAAAAAGUUAGAUUUACGUUGUUUUAAUCACUGUAUCUUUCGUUGAUUUUUCUCUGUCAGGGAGAGGAUGAAGGGGUCCCAGUUUAAGCUCCCUGUAACCAUGUUCAGCCUCUUGCUCAGUUUACAUUUUGAAACAGAACAUACCAUGGUGUAUGUUUGCCUCCAUUCAGGUCAAUCUCUGAUGCUCUUGCAUUUUCAGAGUUUUCUAGAGGGCACACACACACACACAGUUACACACACACACACAGACACACACAUACAUCAACACACCUACACUUAAUCACAUAUUUUGACACAUUCACAAGCAGAUGUGCCCAUUGUAAGAGAACCAUGUUUACAACAUCACUUUGUAUCUUUUGUUUUAUAUUCUGUAUGUCAUAUUACAAAAACUAAAGUAGUUCAAUGACUUCUUAGCUACACGAAUUUAAAAAAACUGAACACUGCUAAUGUCGAAUAUUCAAUGACAGUAUAUUUUUGUUGUAUUUGAUGUGUGUACUUGCCUUUCUUAUUCCCGAUUGGAUUGACUUUAAGCAGCUGCAAUUUGCAAAGGUGCCAAAUACACACAUUUCAGUUUUUCUUUUCAAACUCAAGAUUCAGAUUUUUGCCUUACAAGCAGCAUGGUUCUAUAAGGGAAAUAUCAUAAUGCAUAAUAUUAUCAUCGCAACCGAUCCCAGUGUAGAAACCCUGUGGACUCCAAAAGCACAAACUUAAACACUAAACACUUCCAACCUGGUGGACGAAGGGUUUUCAAUCAUUUUGGGAUCUAGAGGUUAUUGUGUCUACAUAUUUAUGGCCACCAUAACACCAUCACUGCCGCCAUACAGCACUCCUCGACCUUGUAGGAGUCCUUCAUGAUUUCUCUCAUUGUUCAUCUCAAAUUCACGUCUUCACCCACCUAUUUAUUUUUUCACACGUUGUUCUUUUGCCAUUUUUCCGGGAUCAUCAAUUAUCUCUAUUUUCCUUUCUUUCCAAAAAAAAAAAUACUUGAAAUCACACUUAUCUGUUCUGCAGCCUUUUUAAACAGAUUUCCACAAAGAGGCUACAAACAUUUUGUUCAUUUUCAGAAGAAAUUCAUUGAAAAGUUUCAGGCCGGGGAGUCAGGGAUUGUGCUUAAACCGUUAAAUGCACGUCUUUCUACUUGCAUCUUAAAAAAUGAACAAAAAAAAAAGAACAAAAAAAAAGAUAAAAAAUAAAACAGUAUAGGGAAUUCAAGAUGGUUGUUUUCUCUGAAUAAACUGUGAACAUAAAAAAAAAAGAAAUCUCAAAGGAGGAGGGCCACUGUGUCCACAGUGAAGCCAUCUGUCUUGUAAAAGGAGAGUGUUGUUGUUGAUGUCACCUUUAGCAUUGUAAGAUGUACAGUGUGAAAUAAAUAUGCCCGUGCAAUGUGUAAAUAACAGCAUGAUGAUUACUAGUUUUGCUAUAUGAUAAAAAAUAAAAGCAAUUAUUUUAUUAAA